AUGCCGGAUCGUCAUCUGCUCAAGCCUGUACUACCACCUCUACCACAUAGUCAGUCUCUAGGCAACACGUCAUGCUUCACAGCAGGUAGACCGACGCCAUCACCCGCACAGCCCGCAAGGAAGAUCUUCUCGAGACAUGACAGCGAGCCACGUGUCACGGCAGUGGAUGCAAUACUCGAAAGCCGGAUGACAGCCCACGAGAUUAAAGUCCUUAAUCAAGUCCAAAAGGAAGCCUUGGUGAAUCGAGACAAACUCAGAUCACGCCACAGUGCCGGCAUGUCAGCUUCGACGUCAACGUUCUCGUUGCAUGCAGCCAAAAUCGAGCCCGAAAACGUCAUGCAGAGUCGCCGGGAGGAUUCAACUCCGGUCAGGAAGAAGCAGAACAUCAACAGAAAAUCAUUGACCGUCGAUACUGAGCUAGCCAACUCUGCUACCAUCCGGCCUGUCCCACAGACUACACACAGCAGCGACGGUGGCAACGACAGCGCUGCAGUCGAUCCAAAACAUGUGAGUGAGCACUAA